UGAGGGAUACAUAUAUUAGGUUGGUGCAAAAGCAAUUGAGGUUUUUGCAUUGUUGAAAUUUGUCGUUUGAUAUUGGAAUACAUUCUUAAAUAAAUGUGGUUAUGUUAUACAUCAUUUCAAUGUGCAUUUCUCACUUUAUUCUUUUUUGCUAAUGACUUCUUACUUGCUGUUUAUUUUACAUUUAUUUUACGCUUUUGAAAUGAUGCCAGACAAAAAGGAAAUUUGAGCGAUUUUCUUAUUUGAGUUCAAAAUGGGUCAUAAAGCAGCAGAGACAAUUCGCACAACAACAACGCAUUUCCCAGGAACUGCUAAUGAAUGUACAGGGCAGUGGUGGUUCAAGAAGCUUUACAAAGGGGAUGGGAACCUGGAAGAUGAGAAGCACAGUUGUCGGCCAUCAGAAGUUGACAAUAACCAAUUGUGAGCAAUCAUUGAAGUUGAUCCUCUUACAACUAUGCGAGAAGUUGCCCAAGAACUCAACAUCGACCAUUCUGUGGUUGCUUGGCAUUUCAAGCAAAUUGGAAAGGUGAAAAAGCUCGAUAAGUGGGUGCCUCAUGAGCUGACCAAAAAUCAAAAAAGUCAUUUUGAAUUUUCUUUUGUUCUAUCCAACAAUGAUGAAGCAUUUCUCAAUCGGAUUUUGACGUGCAAUGAAAAGUGGAUUUUAUAUGACAACCGUGACAACGGGCGACGACCAGCUCAGUGGUUGGAUCGAGAAGAAGCUCCAAAGCACUUCAGAAAGCCAAAUUUGCACCCAAAAAAAGUUAUGGUCAGUGUUUGGUGGUUUGCUGCUGGUCUGCUCCACUACAGCUUUCUGAAUCCUGGCGAAACCAUUACAUCUGAGAUGUAUGUUCAGCAGAUCGAUGAGAUGCACCUAAAACUGCAAUACCUGCAGCUGGCAUUGGUCAACAGAAGGGGCCCAAUUCUUCUCCACGACAACACCUGACCACACAUCGCACAACCAACACUUCAAAAGUUGAACGAAUUGGGCUACAAAGUUUUGCCUCAUCUGCGAUAUUCACCUGACCUCUGACACACCGUCUACCACUUCUUCAAGCAUCUCGGCAAUUUUUUGCAGGGUAAAUGCUACCACAACAAGCAGCAUGCAGAAAAUGCUUUCCAAGACUUUGUCGAAUCCCUAAGUACGGAAUUGUACACUACGGGAAUAAGCAAACUUAUUUCUUUUUGGCAAAAAUGUGUUGAUUGUAAUCGUUCUUAUUUUGAUUAA